AAGCCCAACCACCAUAUAAAUCAGACCCAACCAUUUCUUUCUGAUCACACGAUUCACACAUCAACUUCUCUCUUACUACGUCUUUCCCACCCCCUUCCUAGCUACUUUCUCUCUCUAGAUUUUUUUUUUGUAUUCAACAUCGAUGGACUUCUACUCUGAAGCUUCCUUGUGGCUACAAUCUCUGCAAACCACAACUUUUUGUAUAUACUUGUUCUUCUCUUUUACAAUUUUAUUCAGUCUUGUCUCUAUCUUGUUCUUCAUUCUUAGGUUCAAGCCACGGUGUGAUUGUGAAGUAUGCCAGAGCUAUCUGAGUCGCAGUUGGACCUCGCAAUUCGAUAAUCUAUGCGACUGGUACACUCAUCUUCUCCGGAAAUCGCCAACAGGAACAAUCCAUGUCCAUGUUCUCGGCAACACCAUCACUUCGAACCCUGAAAACGUCGAGCAUAUGCUUAAAACAAGGUUCCAGAACUACCCAAAAGGGAAACCCUUCUCUGCAAUCUUGGGUGAUCUUCUGGGUCGUGGUAUUUUCAACGUCGACGGCGAUUCGUGGCUGUUUCAGAGGAAAAUGGCGAGUCUAGAGUUCGGGAGCCUCUCAAUACGAUCGUAUGCGUUCGAGAUUGUCACCUCCCAGAUCCAUUGGAGACUUCUUCCUAUCUUAUCAAGCUUUUCUUGUAAAGAAAACACUGUCUUGGACUUACAAGAUGUUUUCCGGAGAUUUUCAUUCGAUAACAUAUGUCAAUUCUCAUUCGGGUUAGACCCGGGUUGUCUACAGCUGUCCCUCCCUGCCUCGGACUUUGCAGUGGCAUUUGACCUGGCGUCAAAAUUGUCAGCAGAGCGAGCCAUCACCGUGUCACCGUUGGUAUGGAAAAUCAAACGGUUGUUAAAUUUAGGGUCAGAGAAGAAGCUGAAGGAAGCCAUUAAAGUGGUCGACAAACUAGCUGACGAGGUGAUACAGCACAGGCGAGAAAAGGGUUUCUCUACCAGGAAUGAUCUUCUAUCAAGAUUCUUGAGCACAAUCGACGAUGACAAAUACGUUCGUGACAUUGUCAUCAGUUUCCUUUUGGCGGGACGUGACACGGUCGCCUCCGCCCUCACCAGCUUCUUCUGGUUGCUGACACAGCACCCGGAAGUCGAGUCGGCGAUUCGCGCCGAGUCGGACCGAGUCAUGGGUACGACUCAGGAACUCGCGAGCUUGGAACAAAUGAGAGGCAUGCAUUACUUACAAGCAGCUAUGUAUGAGUGUUUGAGACUCUACCCGCCAGUUCAAUUUGAUUCAAAGUUCUCUCAAGAUGAUGAUACUCUUCCAGAUGGUACAUUUGUCCGAAAAGCCACUAGGGUUACAUACCAUCCGUACGCAAUGGGUCGGAUGGAACGGGUUUGGGGUCCGGAUUGCCUCGAAUUCAAGCCCGAGAGGUGGUUGCAGAACGGAGUUUUCACCCCCGAAAGUCCAUUCAAGUACCCGGUUUUUCAAGCCGGUGUUAGGAUUUGUUUAGGGAAGGAAUUGGCACUGGUUCAGAUGAAGAUUGUUGCACUUACGUUGAUUCGGCGGUUCGAUAUCCGAGUUGACACACCGAGUGAGAGACUGCGGUUUGCUCCGGGUCUAACUGCCACCGUGAGUGGCGGUCUUCCGGUUUCUAUCCGAGAACGGAAAGCCUAAUCACACCACCACUGUUGUAAAAUUAGUACUCCGUAUAUAAUACAUUUUUUUUUUCAAACUCUCGUAAUGUUCUCAAGAAAAAUUGAACUCUUCGUAUCACAUCUAAAUUUGAUACGAGAAGUGAUACUAGACCACUCUGGUAUAUAGAUAUGUAUUUCAUGUACCCUCCAAAAAUGCAGUCUGUAUAUUCGUA